AUGGCAUCUCUUCCACCAACAUCGACCCUACCAUCACUAGACGCCGAACAGAGGGCACAAAUUCUGGACACCCUCUUCGAGCCGUGUGUGCAAUUGCACACGCUAUCCGUCAGCUUACUGCGGGAACAGGCAUUCCAAACCUACGACUCACUCAUUGAUGCCGUGGGCGAGCAGCUCCUGGGACUCUACCGAUCAGACUUGGAGAGUGAUCAGAAAUGGCUGGAAACCAUAUUGUCCGCCCAUCCGCGGUUAGGUGAGAAGAAGGUUGACAGCGAGCAGAGUCGCAAGGAGCAAGCUCAACUGAACCAAGGCGGAGUGGAAGAGGCAGAGAAGCUGGCGGAAUUGAACCGCAAAUACGAAGACAAGUUUCCAGGUCUGAGAUAUGUGUAUGGCUUCCUGUUCCCCCUGAAUCCGCUGUCUGCCCGUUCUUCCCUAAAAUCCUCCCUGUCCCAUGACUGUCGUGAUGAUUGA